CCUGCCUGCUGCUCGCACUAGAGUUCCCUCCCCUAUCCUUUGCCUGUCGGCCUGUCGGCCGGUCAUCGUCUUGUGCAAAACAGCUUGCUUGUUGUCUGCCUGACUGGGUGUCAGCACGCGUCUCCUCACAUUUCCCCGUCCCACAUCCACCACACACACCCCCUGCCGCUGGGGCAUGGCUGGGGACACAGAUGUACCCUACUUUUGCGUGGCUGUCACGGCCUGGUCUGGCAGGGCGUCCUAUCUUUCUAAUGUACACCUCGUCUGCCGUGGUAUCGGCCUUGUCACUUGUCGUCUGAGGCCCGUCCGUCUAUCUCUACAUACACUUGGGUCAUCCAAUGUCGCGUGGCCCAGCGCUAUGCUGUCCUGCACUGCGGGUCAGGGCUAAAUUCGUCUCAUUCGCAAGAACCCUGAUACUUCCAAGGUUGAUAUCGCCUUCCAAGGCUUGAUCUUCAUCCAACCCUGGCGUCAAUCUCUUCUGAUACAGACUGUUUCCACAAGAAAUAACAAAAGGUCCCGUCUGCUCCACCGGCUGUGCUCUCCCCCUCCGUUACUUGCCUAAACUGGCCAGGCACGAAUCUAAGUCGUCCUUCGCCCAUCGGGUCCACGUCUAAUUUCCUCACCUUACCCUUGGCUAAUAGUAUCCGCUGCCAUUACCUCCCGUAGCCUACCCUGUCAGCCCAGUGACUUCGAGACUCAUCAAAUCUCCUCUUCUGGAGCGAGCAAGGCAGCAGAUCUCUGCAAGGGUCGGCCCCCUCCCCCGUCCUCCACACGCGGCUUCGGCUUCACUCCACCUUGCACGGGUCUGGGCCCGUUGGGCUUGUGGGAGCAAAAUAGCAGACGACUGGGCAGCUGGGGCAACCAUUUCCCUCCUUUGGGCAGUACCUCACCACGCAGUAUAUCUCACCCGGUUGCAAUGUCCAAAUGAGGCUGGGCUGGCUCAUUUCGACGUUUCAUCACCACACGCCCCGCCUGCGUCCUCACCAUUCUUUACCAGGCUGGCCGCCACUCCCAGCUUCCUUGCAAAAAGGUUAAUUCUACUUCCUUCUUCUCCUUCCACCUGUCCACACAUCCUCACCUCGCCAUUGGCCUCGGGUGUCCCAUUCUUUUUGUUCUCUUCUCAGCCCUCUUUCCUCCUUGUGAGGUUUUCCGUUCCAUCGUUUCCUUGUCGUCCCCGGGCAUUGACCCUGUCCCACACGCCCACCCUGUAGCUAGCUCGGUCGCUCGCAUGUAGAACGACGAUGCUCACCAUCAAGCAGCCAGUUCACUACGGCUACAGGUCGAUCCAUGAUUUACCCACGCCGCCCAGCACAUCCCGACCCUCGCCUCCAUUGAUGUACCAGGAUUCCUCUCACAGAGCAACGCCCGCCGUCCCUCGAAGCCACAGCCCGCCGGAUCGACUCAUGUCUGGCUCUCAUCGCGGCUUGCCCCCUCCGUCGGCGAUGGGACUCGGCCAGCCGUUGCCUUCCGGGGUUGCCUCUCAUCCGCCUCCAAGUCAUGCAUCUUCACUCGGGCAGGGUCCGCCUCCACCCCCGCCCCCGCCGUCCCAGGGCCAGCAGCAGGGCCAGCAUCUGGGUCAACUACCCCCGCCCCCGCCAGGCUGGCAGGGCUCGGAAGACUCCAUGCGGGCGUGGCUGCUUGCGAAAGCGGAAGAGGACAAGAGGAAGCAAGAAGAGGAGAGGACCAGCCAGGAACGGCUCCGCCUCGAACAACGACGAACCGAGUACGACAUUCUGCGAACGUCGUUGCAGGGCGGCGUCCCACCGCCCCUGGUACCAGUCGUUUUCGCUGGCAUGGGAGGCGGCAACCUGCCGCCAGCAGCGCUGGAGUGGGCCCAGCAGUUCAUGUACUCCCAGGCCCAAGGUGGCCCCCCGCAACAUCUUCUGCCUGGCCCAGCGUCUCCAGAGUACCGCCGUGAUUCCCAGGCGCAGGCCUACGGGCACUAUUCCGGCUCCGGCGGCGUCCCGUCCACCCCUGGAUCUGCCCAGGGUGCUCACAGCAGCUUUGUUGGGACGCACCCAAACUCCUCACCGCGUGCUCGGGGCUACAGCAUGCCCAGCUCUGGCAGCCGUCCGCUCGGAGGGGGCCCAGGGCUGUCCAGUCUGAACACGACCGUGCUCCCGAGCUCAGGCGGCGCGUCUGCAGCGCAGACACACCCAGGCGUCGCCUCGGCGCAGCAGCAGCAGCAGCAGCAGCAGCAGGAAGCGCAGCAGUCCCCGUCGAUAUACUUCCACAUGUGGCAACCCCCGACAAGCCAGGCCAGCCAGUCCGGCUCCAACCAGCCGGCAACACCUUCCGUAGGGGAAUCGCCACGCAAGCGGAAAGCGACGGGGCCACAGCCAGCUGCACCUCCUCCGAAUACGCAACAGAGAUUUAGGUCUCCCCCGUUUUCUCACGGCGGGGGCUCGACGAUCUCGAACCCUCCGCCAGGGCGUAGAAGAGGCCACUCGCGCCAGAGGAGUGACGUGUCGAUGUCGACAUACAGAGGACGCGGCAGGGCUGAGACCAUCGGAUCGGCACGUGGUGCGUCGCCGAUGAGCGCCUCGGGCCCUGGCGCAGCGUCAGAUAGAGGCGGUGGAUCGGCAGAGCCAUCUUCACAUUCGCAACCGCAAGCGACGCAGACGCGUAUCGCAGCGCAUUCAGUUUCUUCCCUACUUUCUUCAGAUGACCAUCCGCCGCAAGCGGCCCACUAUCCGUCUGCCCAAGUGGCAGAAUCGCGAGGUCAGCAACGCAGAGAGGGCUCACGACAGAACUCCCCGCAUUCGUCCGAGGGACGCACAAGGUCGGAGGCGCAGGACCCACGACUUCGCGGGAACGAGACAAUGAACGAAAUUUGAUCUUCUUUUUUUUUCGAAAGAAAAAGGGAGGGUGUGCUCGAGGAGGAGCAUGCACCACAUGGAUCUGGACGUGUGUGCGACUCGAGCAGUGCAGCAACGCUGCUAUUCAGAAGAGACCCAACCUCUGGCAUGUUGCGCGCAAAAUUUUGGGCUGACGGGGGUGGAUGUUCUUUCUGCGAAGUCCUCCUCAGCCCAAGGAACCGGGGCUUCAUUUCUUGUGCACUAUUUGAGGAUGGGCGGCCGACGAUCUUCAUCGAACCCCUGCCCGCCAGCUGAGCGAUACUCUGCGGAGACGCCAACAGUACAGCUGGCCAGCUGGCUUAUGCGCACUCUCCCUUCGGCCACUCCGCCAUUCUCGAUAUUCGAUUCUUUUGCACGCCAAUUGAGCGUCGCACACCCUAGGGACAGGACAGUUUUACCCUUCUUCGCCAUUCCUCUUCUUCAUCUUUCAGCCUUGAUCCAUUCUUCUUUGCUUUUCAGCUUCCAACGUUCAAACUUCACAACUUCACACUUUACACUUCACACUUUACACUUCAUUCUUAGGGCACUUCAUUUCGGGCCAUGAACGGCGAGGCAUAGGGAUGGUAAACUUUUGUUUGAUUCCCCGCUUUCUUAGCGACAUUUUGGGGUACUGCACUGGACCGAGCAUGGUUGUUUUGGACCAAUUUUCCCUUCUACUUGUAUAUACAGAGUGCGGAGGCAUACAUGGGACAGCAAGGAUGCUACGAAAGAAUUGCACACACAGAGGCAAAAUGAAAACGAAAACAGAACGAAAACAAUGGGCAAACAGCGAGCUGAGCCAGACUGUCUUGGCGCGGACGAGGAAGAGGCUGGUAAGGCGCUCCUACCUCUGGAUGAACUCGGGCGUCCCGGUUGUUGUGGACUGGCAACUUGGAGCGACGCUCAUCUUGUUGCUGAGAGCUCCUCUCCUGCACUCAUGUACCUAAGACACCCCCGGCGUGGGCUGAAUUGUACAUCACACAACACAGUUGGCUAUCACAA